AAAGAAAAUAAGUGCGGGCAGUGAGACGAAACAAACACAAGCCCGCCUAGCGAAUCAAUGUUCGACCUCCUGCCUCUCUAAAAUCACAUAGAUAUUUCUCUUGCUCCAAACUUGACGCAUCAGGAUCAUUGAUUGCUUUUGCUCAAGGUCAUAGGUGCUGCCAAGCAUCAGCAACAUCCUAAGAUGGGUUGUGGGGAAUUGCUGAUUACGAACUGAGGAUGUUCAACACUCUUUAUGGUGUGGUUGGAAAUUUUGUUGGAUGCAUGAAUUACUGACAUCAUCAAAGGGUAAACUUCAACUUACUGCCUGGUUGGUAAUGGGGCAAGCACAGAGCGCUGUGGCCGUAGAGGAUCAAAGCAGUCCAACAACCUCAACUUCCAAUUCAACAGAGAAUUCCACACAGCCUUCACUCGAUUCUUUAAUUGCUGAAGCUGCUGCAUACGGUGAUGAAGACGACAAUGGAUCUCUGGAAGCAAAGGCUCAGAAAGCGUUAGAAUGCCCUUGCAUUGCUCACUUGCGAAGUGGCCCAUGUGGCGUCCAGUUCUCUGAUGCUUUUGUUUGUUUUCUCAAGAGCACAGCUGAAGAAAAAGGGUCCGACUGCGUGCAUCCCUUUGUGGCUCUGCAGAACUGCAUAAAAGCAAAUCCUGAUGCGUUUUCUAAUGAUAUUUUAGAAGAUGACGACGUGAAGAAAGAGGAAAAGCCAAGCACAAAGUACACUAUCCGACCUCCCCUUUGGUCUGAAGAAUCAAAAGCUCCAAAAGGGUAGCCGCUUUUGUUAUAUCUUCUAGCUAAUUUUCUAUUGUUUUAUGGCAUUACAACAUGGAAGUUGAAUUCUUGGCUAGUAAUGCUUUCUUUCACUCAUUUGCUCUCUUUGCUAAGCAAAUAUACUUGAAAAGCCAUAUUGUUAACAA